GAAAAGAUCUGACGUCACGUGGCCGCCUCUUACUCCCGGACCGACCAUCAUCAGAGGAUAAAGACACUUCAUUUGUCCCAUCGAGCGCCACGUUCCUCUGGUGUGAAUCCGUAGGAUGCUUUUUAAACGAACAGGGAUUGUGGCGACAUUGUUGCACUGAACGAGCGUCUGGUUUUCAAGGCAGGUGGUGUUGAAGUUUCCGAUUCCUUUUGCAAGUGGAGGGAAAUACUGAGCGGUCAUCAUGGCAGAAAACAACUUCCCUCCCCUGCCUCGAUUCAUCCCCCUCAAGCCAUGCUUCUAUCAAGACUUCAGUGAGAUCCCAGACCAGCGUCGCACCAUGUGCAAGAGGCUCUACUACCUGUGGAUCUUGAACAGCGCCACACUGGCUGUGAAUCUGAUUGGCUGUCUGGCCUGGAUGUGCGGAGGUGGUGGAGCGACCAACUUCGGAAUGGCCUUCCUGUGGCUCAUCCUCUUCACCCCCUGCUCCUAUGUAUGCUGGUUCAGGCCCAUCUACAAGGCCUUCAAGACAGACAGCUCCUUCAACUUUAUGGCUUUCUUCUUCGUCUUCAUGGCCCAGGUGGUGAUUAGCAUUAUCCAGACUGUUGGCAUUCCAGGCUGGGGAGUGUGUGGCUGGCUGGCUACCAUCACCUUCUUCAGCACCAACAUCGGGUCAGCUGUGGUCAUGCUGAUUCCCACCAUUAUGUUCACUGCAGUGGCUGUGCUCUCUGUCAUUGCCCUCUCAAAGGUUCAUAACUUCUACCGCGGUAGCGGGGGCAGUCUGGGUAAGGCCCAAGAGGAGUGGACCACUGGGGCCUGGAAGAACCCCCAUGUGCAACAGGCGGCUCAGCAGGCAGCCAUGGGUGCCGCGCAGGGCGCCAUACAGCAGGACCAGUACUCAGCAGCUCCCACCUACAACUACGACGACCCAAUGUAGGACAGAGGCGGGGCCAGAUUGCCGAGUGGUAGAGAUAUAAAAAGGGAUCAAUUAACACAAAUCAGAACUAGGUGCCCUUCAUUGUGAUACUGUACAAGAUGAAUUCAAAACGAACAAUGUAGAGGAAAGUCAUAUUUCUUGUGGGAUUGUACUUUAUUGAAUUUUGAGUUAAUCCUUUUUAUAUUCCUUUCACAUUUAAAUCAGUUUAUUAAAAAGCCUUUUUUUUUAAAUAUCUUAUGCUGCUCAAUUUUAGCUGUUCAGUGCGGGAGUUGCUUUUUAAUGGAGAGACAUAAUAUAGCUAAUGCUAAUCCCCUGAGCUUCAUCAGUUUAUUUAGGUCGGAUCAUCUUUGGUCGACACAGGGUGACUUCUCUGCCUCCGCCUGAAGCUAAAAUGGUUAUUAAAAGUCUCGGUUCUGUGCUAACAGGCUAUUAGUCGGAUUUAUCAUACAGACAUGAGUGGAAUUGAUCUUUUCAUCCAAGUCUUAGCAAGAAAGCGAAUAAUUCCCAAAAUUAUUCCUUAAAAUUUGUUGUGUAAUUAAACGUUGAGGCUUUUAUUAAGGAGAAACACUUUCCUUUAAACAAAUAUCUGUAUGUUAAACUUAUUCUUUUAAUUGAAAAAGAAAAAGUUACAUUUGACCUAAAUCUUAAUCAGAAUCAAAUAAAAUAACCCAGCUGCAUUUUCAGCUUUUAAAUCCAGUAGAAACAUUUUACACUUCAUGUUUCAAUGACCUGCUUUAUUUCUCUCCUUUUCUGAUAACGAUUCCAUUAAAUUCAGAAAAUGUCACAUUCUCAGGAAAUUUGUGAUAGCUGGUUUUAAAUUCUACACCUGUAAAGCCCUUAAAGUGUCAACGUCUCGGGCCAUUGUCUCCCUUCUUCACCACUAUUUAACCCUUCUGUGUUUUGGUGUGUUUGGUUUUGUCGUUACCUCCUGGUUUCGUGUUGAGCAGGUUGAUUUCAGUUAAAGGAAUUAUCCUUACAAUGAUCAAGUGAAGCACAUGCAGUAUUUAGGAUUGCAGUUCUUUGGAUAAAACAUUCCAAAGUCAUCGUUGUACAGGUCAAAACGGACAAAAAACCAAAACGCUUGCAGGCUGAACAAUACAGUAAAUAUUAAUAGUCAUUGUUGUCGGUGGUCAUAGCAUUGUAUGAAGUGAUGGAUGUUUCCUCCCUUGGCCAAUUCUUCCACUAAACCCCUACAUGUAAAUGCUUAAAUGGUUACUUGUUUCUGAAGCUCUGGAUUCCAGGCCUUAGUGUGUCAAUUCGUGGCUGUCGGUGUUAUUCCAUGAGUAGGUGUGAUAAUGACAUUUAUAAAAAAGAAAAGAUAGAACAUAAAAUUCAAGACCAUUAUUUAAAGUGAAAGUGAGAGAGCCCUCGUGAGGCCUGACGUGUUCGGAGACAGCGUCAUGAAAAAGUUCGUUUUUUUCCGCCUCGUGUCACUUUGAAUCUUCAACACUCAGUAGAUGGUUAUUACAGUGAAACAGUAUUAGACUUGAAACAAAUGUGAAGUAUCUGAAUGCUCGUUAUUUCAAAACCCUUGAAUCGUCUCGUCUGAUCGUGAUGAUGUGGUAUUCAAUAGGCUGUUUGUUGUUUUCCUUUAUUAGGCGUUUUUUGUACCAACCCUCGUUUUUCUUCUUUUGAUGAUAUGUGUGUGAGUGUGACGAACAUGUUCAUUGCGUCUUUCCAUGUGUGUGGAAAACUUGUUUUUCUUUAUUCAAUUUUUUUGGGUGAAAAUCUUAAGUGAUGUUUGCACUGGGUUACCUGUUGACAUCAGUGCAAACCUAUUUCACAGUGAAUCACAGUGUAGCAAUACUUACAUGAAUAUAUUAUAAACAGUAGAAUUAUUAGGAUUGAGAGGGGUUCUGUUGUGCGGGCCUCAAAUAUGGAGACAACUACUACCAACCAUAACAUAAAGGGUUAUGAAUUAAAAAAUGAAACAGGGGCCUGUUUUUUCCAAGAUGGACACCAAUAGUAUAGUUUUACAACUGCAUAACAUUCUCACCAGCAGAUGCACAUACAGUAGUUAUAUUAGUAAAACAUACCAUUCACAUGCUCAUCUGUUAGCAAAUGCACACCGUUUAGAUCUUAAAGUGUAAAGUUAUGCACAAAGACGAACAAAGAAAUCCUCUCUGUUGCAGCAGUAAAGUUAAUACUCGUGGUGGGUGAUUGGAUCAGUCUGCCACAUGUGCAUACAGCACAGUCAACGUGUUUAUGGAAAUUGCAGCUGUAGUUGUCGUGUAGCAGGUACUUCCGUUUGACUUCACCUCAUGUCGCUGUAACAAAGCUUCUGGAAGCCAUCUCCCAUUUAACUCCCCCACGUCGCCACAUGUGCUGUAUGUUGUUUGAUAUGUAUUAUUACCAUGUACUAUAUCAUGAGUAGAUAUAAAUAUAUAAUUACAUGAAAUGAGGUAAAUAUUUGCUGUGGAUAAACAAAUGGGAACUUGCUCUAAUUAGGUGAAUGAGGAGGCUGUGUCUCCAUGAGUGAAGUCAAUGAUGAAUACAUUUUUGUGUAUUACUUUUGUAUUAUUUGGUCUUACCCUGAUAGAUAUUAAAGAGUUCUUGUUGCA